AUGGCCCUCCUUCAAUACAGAAGUAUCGUCGACUACGGCGCGCAACAAGCCGCCUUUGAGGAGUUCCUUGAAAAGUUUAAGACCUCGCCCGAGCAGACCCUGACCCACGCCAUCGGCCAGAUCAACAUCUACGAGGAUGACCUAAGCGACGAGUAUGAUUUCAUGGAUCAGGACGACGAGGCGCAUGAACAGCGCCGGAGAGAGAAGGCCUCUUCGAAGCUGCCAAAGCACAAGUAUGCCGACAUAAUGCAGAAACUCGCAGACCGCGCUACCGAUGAAGUUUUAAUAGAGCUAGACGACCUUGCUUCUUGGGAGGAUGAUAAUAGCGAGGGACUGAAGCUAGUGGAGUCUGUCGAAGCAAACACUAAGCACUACGUCGAGAUCGUGUCGAGAGCCAUAGACAAGAAGAUGCCUCCUCCGACGACUGGGGUAACAUUCAAAGACGAUGUCCUAGAUGUCAUAAUGGAGAGGAGACAAGCCCGGAAUCGCGAUCUGACUGAAGCGGCCGCCAACACGAACAACCCCGAUCUGCUCGAGUCGACCUUCCCGGCGCAGCUUACCAGGCGCUAUACGCUCGUCUUUAAGCCGAGGACGUCUACUAAGGAGAAGCCGGUGAAAGCCCUCGCUGUUAGAGAAGUGCGGGGGGAUCACCUCGGCCAUCUCAUUACCAUCCGCGGUAUUUCCACUCGGGUCUCCGACGUGAAGCCUAUUGUUCAGGUGGGCGCGUAUACGUGCGAUCGCUGCGGAUGCGAGAUCUUCCAGCCCGUAAGCGACAAGCAAUUCUCGCCGCUCACUAGUUGCCCAUCGGAGGAAUGUGAGGCGAACCAGUCCAAGGGCCAGCUCUUCCAGUCCUCGCGCGCAUCCAAGUUCCUACCCUUCCAAGAGGUCAAGAUUCAAGAACUAGCAGAGCAGGUUCCUAUCGGCCAGAUCCCUCGAACGCUCACCGUCAUGUGCUACGGUAGCGCGGUCCGCCAGAUCAACCCCGGCGACGUGGUUGAUAUAUCCGGCAUCUUCCUGCCCACCCCAUACACCGGGUUCAAAGCGAUGCGAGCCGGCCUGCUGACCGACACAUAUCUCGAGGCGCAUCACAUCACUCAGCACAAGAAGGCAUACGAAGAGAUGACCAUUGACGACAAGUUGCAGAGGCGCAUCAAUAGUUAUAAUCAGUCCGGCAACGUAUACGAGAUGCUCGCAAAGUCGAUCGCGCCGGAAAUCUUCGGCCAUCUCGACGUCAAGAAGGCUCUGCUCCUCCUUCUUGUCGGCGGUGUCACCAAGACGAUGGGUGACGGCAUGCGAAUUCGCGGAGAUAUCAACAUCUGCUUGAUGGGCGACCCCGGUGUGGCUAAAUCUCAGCUGCUGAAGUAUAUCUCGAAGGUGGCGCCCCGUGGCGUGUACACGUCCGGCCGCGGUUCCAGCGGCGUCGGUCUGACGGCGGCGGUGAUGCGCGAUCCCGUUACCGACGAGAUGGUCCUCGAGGGCGGCGCUCUGGUCCUGGCCGACAACGGCAUCUGCUGCAUCGACGAAUUCGAUAAGAUGGACGACAACGACCGGACCGCGAUCCACGAAGUCAUGGAGCAGCAGACCAUCUCGAUCUCGAAAGCCGGCAUCUCGACCACCCUCAACGCGAGGACGUCGAUCCUCGCGGCCGCCAACCCCAUAUACGGCCGCUACAACCCGCGCAUCUCGCCGGUCGAGAACAUCAACCUGCCCGCCGCCCUGCUCUCGCGCUUCGACGUCCUGUUCCUGCUCCUCGACACGCCGACCCGCGACGGCGACGCGCAGCUGGCCAAGCACGUGGCGUACGUGCACAUGCACAACAGGCACCCGGACCUGUACGCGGGGGCGGCGGCGGACGGCGAGGGCGAGGCGCAGGCGAGCGUGGUGUUCACGCCGCACGAGGUGCGGGCGUACGUGGCGCAGGCGCGCACGUUCCGGCCGACGGUGCCGGAGUCGGUGACGGAGUACCUGACGCGGACGUACGUGCGGCUGCGGGACGCGCAGCGGCGGGCGGAGAAGCGCGGCCAGCAGUUCGCGCACACGACGCCGCGGACGCUGCUGGGCGUGGUGCGGCUGUCGCAGGCGCUGGCGCGCCUGCGCUUCAGCAGCGCCGUCAACCAGGACGACGUCGACGAGGCCCUGCGCCUCAUGGAGGCCAGCAAGGAGAGCCUCGCCGCCCACGAGGGCUUCGCCGCCGGCGGCCGCCGCACCCUCAACGCCGCCAGCCGCAUCUACAACCUCGUCAAGGCCCUCGCCGACAGCGGCGCCUGCCGCGCCGCCGACGGGGGGGAUGAGGACGACGAGGACGAGGCUGGGACCGUCGAGCUGAGCAUGCGCAAGGUCCGCGAGCGCGUCCUCGGCAAGGGCUUCACCGAGGACCAGUGGCUCAACGCCCUGGACGAGUACACGAGUCUAGAUAUCUGGCAGACGGCGGGCAACGGCACGAGGCUGGUGUUCAUCACGGCGAACGACGACGCCGGCGAUCUGGACGAGUAG